AGAACACGAGACGGUGGCAGCGAAACCAACGGCACAGACAGUCGUCCAAGCCACCACCACACCACAACCCAGUGAAACAUUGUCCACUUCUCUAUCCAUUCCAUCGCCCACUGCCCAUUAUUUCACCAGCACAACCUACCUAGCUAGUUAGUCAAUAGCUACUAGCUAGCAACACUCACCACAAUCCACAACAACCAACGACGAAGAUGAGCCACACCAAGUCGUCCUCUCGUAGCAGUGGCGGCAGAGGCAGAUCGUCCGACAAUGGUGGUGCCGACAAUGCCGAAUUGGAAAAGCGACGACGCAGCAAGAGCAGCAAGCGUCGCUCGAGUCGAGGUCGCAAUAAGACAGCAGAAGAACAACAGCCCAAGUGUAGUCGCAGUCGUAGUGGCAGUGUACAUGCCAAGAGUCAACGACGGAGUUCUCGAAAGCCACAACAACAAGGAAAUGAAGAACAACAACGCCGACGACGCAGCUCUCGAGGAAGUGCCACCAAGCGAUUGGAUGGUUCCCAUAGUGACAACGACGACAGUGAGGGGAGUGAGCAUUCCGUGGAAGAGGUACAACAACCAGCAGAAGAAGCCCCCCGAAACAAGGGUCGUCCUUCGUUGGCCCGUCCCGGAAUGUUGGCCCGUGCCAACAGUAUUCGACGCAAUAUUAGUGCGGAUGGUUUGACAGGCACGGCCAGCCAUGGUGGAACCAACAACAACAUUAACAGUAUUAAUCGAAGAGCCACCAUGAUGAGACGCAGUCAGAGUCUGCGAGGAGCGUCUCUCAUGGCAGCCGUCGGAGGAGGAGAAGAGGCACAAGCACAAGCGGAGGAAUCAUCAUCCUCCAAUCCACUACUGCGACGAGGGCGGAGACGCCUAGUGGAUUCCCAACAACCAUCGGAUCAUAAUACCGGUGCUCUCGCCAAUGUGGGGCGACCGACGUUAUCGAAAGAAUUGCAACGUCGACGUUCCCAACGUCGAUUGGACGUACAAAAUAUUCAAUCGCAAGAACGAAUGCAAGCGGCUGUCUUUGACAAGGCAUUGACACGACGAAAGUCGCAACGCUGUCUCAAAAUUGAGCCCGACCCUCAUGAUUCCUUUGCCGAUUUUGUAGAACAACGAGCCGAAGAUCUACAGUCCAAACAAGGAGGCGAAGAAAAUGAUGAAUUGGAAGAGUCCAGCAAGAGUAACAUUCCCAAAUUGGCACCACCCCCCAAAGACACGGAAAUGUCCGACUUUUCUGGACUCACAGAGAACGACGAAGACGAUGACAAUGACAGUGGACCCGAACAACAACAACAACAACCAAUGCUGGUAGAACGUGGUCGUCGGUUACCAUCCAGACGCAAUAGUCGAGGACCGCCCAGCACUAGAAAGUUGCCACCCAAACAGAGCUCGCGAUCCACAUCCCGGCGCAAUCUCAUGAACAAUAAGCGUCCUAGUCUUCUCGGAUUGGAUGAUGACGAUGAGUCGAGCGUGGAAGAAGAAAUUUGGUCCGACAACAAGGAUGACGAGCAAGAACGCAGUGACAGUGCUUCGGAAGGUUCUGACAAUGAAGAACAAUUCAGCACCAAGAAAAAGAAGAGAAUGCCUCCCAAACGAAACUCCAAAUCCGCCAAGCUUGAAAAGGCUACAAUGCACAAAUCACUGUCAAAAAUGUCCUACAACGACGAUGAUGAUGAUGAUGAUGAUCCCGUACCACCCCCCACUACCAUGAAACGAAAGUCGUCCAAGAGAAUCGACUCGCGAAGAAGAAAGAGUGAAUGUGGAACCAAAAAGAAAGAACCACUCAGUGACAGCGGUUCCGAAAGUUCUGAGGAUGAAGAACAAUUCACCACCAAGAAGCGACUACCACCCAAACGAAACUCCAGAUCUGCCAAGCUCGAAAAGGCCAAAAUGCACAAGUCACUUUCCAAUCUCUCCCACGACAAUGACGAUGACGAGGAGGAUGAUCCAGUUCCACCACCCACAACCAUGAAACGAAAGUCGUCCAUGAAAGUCGACUCAAGAAGAAAAAGUGAAAGUGCCACCAAAAAGAGAUCAGAAGAACUCUUCAGUGACAGUGCUUCGGAAGGUUCCGACGACGAAGAACAAUUCACUACUACUACCAAAAAGAGACUGCCACCCAAACGACACUCCAAAUCAAAGGCUGCAAUGCAAAAGUCACUCGACGAGGAAGAAGACGAUCCACCCCCCAUGAACCGAACAUCCUCCAAGAAAGUUGACUCGCGACGACGACCCAGUGGAAGUAGUGGAACCAAGAGACCCGGUUUGCACCGCAAAGCAUCGUCGCGCAAUCGCACGUCGUUGGGACUCGUCAAAUUGGGCAGUGGAAUAUUGAUGGAUGAAUCCACGCGGACGGCCACCACCGCCACGUCCCGGACAUCGUCGUCCACGCUGUCCAGUAUCGAAUCGCAAAAGAACAAAAUGUUGGAGCUCAGCAAUCAGUUUCGAAAAUCCAAAUCGGCUGGCACCAGCAGCACCAGUCAGGCCACGUUGUUGACACAGAGUACGCCGUAUUUCUAACUAGACUAGUGGAUUGAUUGAUUAAUAAAAUCUAGUCAGUUAUUUUUGAAUC